AUGGUAAUUGAUCAUAGGGACAAGCUAUUUGUCACAAAUGAUGCUGCCACAAUCCUCAACGAGCUUGAGGUUCAGCGCCCUGCAGCCAAACUCCUAGUGUUAGCUGCUAAAGCGCAACAGGAGGAAAUUGGAGAUGGAGAUAACCUCACUACAUCAUUUGCUGGAGAGCUUCUCCAGAAGGCAGAGGAGUUGAUCAGAAUUGGACUGCACCCGAGCGAAAUCAUCAGUGGAUACAUGAAAGGGACCAAUAAGACAGUUGAAAUCUUGGAGAGCUUGGUGGAGAUGGGUUCAGAGACAAUGGAUGUGCGGAACACAGAAGAAGUUGCUUCUCGAAUGAAAGCUGUUGUUGCUAGCAAGCAAUUUGAUCAAGGAAAUAUAUUGUGCCCUCUUAUUGCUGAUGCGUGUAUCCAGGUAUGCCCCAAGAAUCCGACAAACUUUAAUGUGGAUAAUGUGCGUGUCGCAAAGCUUCAAGGAGGAGGCUUGCGCAAUUCGAUGGUUAUCCAGGGCUUGGUCUUAAAAAGUGAUGCGUCUGGGAGCAUAAAAAAGGUGGAAAAGGCAAAGGUUAUGUCUACGCGCUUUAAACCUGUACCGGGUGAUAACUGCACUUAUAUCUCACUCUAUUCUCCAUUUACACCCAAGUGA